AUGGAUGUUGACGGGCUGUCGUCGCCGCCUGCACCCCAGUCUUCGCUGCCGCCGAGCAGCGCACCUCUUCCCACCCCGUCUGCAAACGGGCUCACGCCGCGAUCACAAGCGCGAAGGGCGCCCGAUGCGCUAGGAAACGAUGUGGAUCCGCAGGAAGCGGCAGAGGAGGAGGGCACUCAAGCAAGCAGGAGGAGACGGCCGCGCAAUACCCAGCAGAACGGUGAUGUGCCUCUGGUUAGAGACGCCCUGGGCGAGAGCGUCGCGGAGAGUUUCGAAACGUUCUUGAAAACAUUCACAGAAGAAGUCGCCCUCGCAGCCACGCCCGCCUCCGACGGCGGCGUCCCCGAGCUGCCAGACGGCGAGCUCGUCUAUGUGCAGCAGAUCCACACGAUGCGCGAAUACGAGCUCACCACGCUCUACGUCGACUUCACGCACCUGCUCCAAAAAGACGACGUGCUCGCGGACGCGAUCCAGCGGCAAUAUUACCGCUUCCUCCCGUACCUCCGGCGCGCGCUGCACAACCUCGUGGCCGAGUACGAGCCCGAGUACCUCAAGGUCAAUCCGACGGCGGCGACGACGGACAGCGCGAAUCUCCAGACGAGGGAGUUUAAUAUCGCGUUUUAUCAUCUGCCGCUUGUGAGCGGUAUACGGGAGCUUAAGACGGAUAAGAUCGGGACGUUGAUGAGUAUCGGCGGGACGGUGACGAGGACGAGUGAGGUCAGGCCGGAGCUGCUGUUUGGGAGCUUUAUCUGCGAGGUGUGCGGGGGGCUGGUGAACGAGGUCGAGCAGCAGUUCAAGUACACCGAGCCCAGCCUCUGCCCGAACCCAACAUGCGGCAACCGGGUCGCGUGGCAGCUGCAAAUCGACACCUCCAAAUUCACCGACUGGCAAAAAGUGCGCAUCCAGGAAAACCCAUCCGAGAUCCCGACGGGGUCGAUGCCGCGCUCGCUCGACGUCAUCCUGCGCUCGGAGCUCGUCGAGCGCGCCAAGGCGGGAGACAAGUGCGUGUUCACGGGCACGUUCAUCGUCGUGCCCGACGUGAGCCAGCUCGGGCUGCCGGGCGGGAACAAGGCGGAGCUGAUGCGCGAGGCGAGCCGGUCGGGUGCGGGCGGGAACGCGGCGACGGGCGGGGUGGGCGGGAGUGGGGUGACGGGGCUGAAGAGUCUGGGGGUGAGGGAUUUGCAGUAUAAGACGGCGUUUUUGGCGUGUAUGGUGCAUGAUGCUGAUGGGCGGGGCGGGACGAAUGUCCGUGGCGAGGAGGAGGAGGGCGACGAGGACGGGCAGGCGUUCUUGCGCACGCUGACGGAGCCCGAGUUCGACGAGCUCAAGGCGAUGAUCGACUCGGAUCACAUAUACUCGCGCCUCGUGGAGAGUAUCGCGCCGACGGUGUACGGGCACGAGAUCGUGAAGAAGGGUCUGCUCCUGCAGCUUAUGGGCGGCGUGCACAAGCAGACGGGCGAGGGCAUGCAUCUCCGUGGGGAUAUCAAUAUCUGUAUCGUGGGUGAUCCGUCGACGAGCAAGUCGCAGUUCCUCAAGUACGUCUGCUCCCUCGUCCCGCGCGCCGUCUACACGUCCGGCAAAGCCUCCUCGGCCGCCGGUCUCACCGCCGCAGUCGUCAGAGACGAAGAAACGGGCGACUUUACCAUCGAAGCGGGCGCGCUCAUGCUCGCCGACAACGGCAUCUGCGCGAUCGACGAGUUCGACAAGAUGGACAUAUCCGACCAGGUCGCGAUCCACGAAGCGAUGGAACAGCAAACCAUCUCCAUCGCAAAAGCGGGGAUCCACGCGACGCUCAACGCGCGCACGUCCAUUCUCGCUGCGGCGAACCCGAUCGGGGGGCGGUACGACCGCAAGAAGACGCUGCGGGCGAACGUGGCGAUGAGCGCGCCGAUUAUGAGCCGGUUUGAUCUGUUUUUUGUGGUGCUGGACGAGUGCGACGAGAAGACGGAUUUGAGCAUUGCGCGGCAUAUUGUGAAUGUGCAUCGGUUCCAGGACGAGGCGAUUAAUCCGGAGUUUAGUACGGAGGCGCUGCAGAGGUAUAUUCGGUAUUCGCGGACGUUUAACCCCAAGAUGACGCCCGAAGCGGCGGACGUGCUGGUUGACAAGUACCGCAUCCUGCGGCAAGACGACGCGUCGGGUGCGGGGCGCAACUCGUACCGGAUCACGGUGCGGCAGCUGGAGAGCAUGAUCCGGCUGAGCGAGGCGAUCGCGCGGGCGAACUGCACGCACGAGAUCACGCCGGCGUUCGUGCGCGAGGCGUACGCGCUGCUGCGGCAGUCGAUUAUCCAUGUCGAGCAGGACGAUGUCGAUUUCGACGAGGAGGAGCUUGAGGGGGAGAAUGAUCGUGCGCGGGACCAGGCGAAUGCGAGCGCCAAGGAGAACGGGGGUGGUGGGGAGGGGGAGGAGAGUCAGGAUGUGGAGAUGAGCGCGGAUACGUAUCCGAUGGAUACGACGGACGAGAGCUUUCCUGUUGCUGCUGCUGCCGGGCAGACGUCGACGAGCGGCGGCGCGGGGCCGUCGAGCGCGUCUCGGGCGGGGAGCUCGAUGCCGGAGACGGGGCCUGCGGUUGCGCAGGCGCCGAAGCGGAGGAUGGUGAUCACGCACGACAAGUACGUGACGCUGCAGAGCCUGGUGGUGAUGCACCUCGCGGAGGCGGAGCGGGCGACGGGCCGGGGUAUCGACCGGGACGAGCUGAUUGACUGGUAUUUGGAGCUGAGGGAGGCGGAGCUGCAGACGGUGGAGGAUCUGGAGUAUGAGAAGGAGCUGAUUUCGAAGUUGCUGAGGAAGCUUGUGAAGGACAACUAUCUGAUUGCAGUGAGAGGGGAUGUGUCAGAGUCGCUGCCGUCGGGCGACGUGGAGGAGAGCGGGGCGGUGUCGUCGAGCAUGGUGGAUGGGGAGAACGUGCGGAUGUACUACAUGGUGCAUCCGAGCGUGGACACGGAGGGGUCGUCGAUGUCUUAAUCUUGUCUUACUCAUGCUAGCUAGUAAUGUAAAUGUAUCAGCGUGUGCUCGUUGCAGGAAGCUGGGCUGGGGAGGCUGCACAGG